UAUAUUUUCAUUAACCGUUUAAUUAAAGAAACAAGAAAACUAAUUAAACAAAAUAAACUCAGUUAGUUUCCAAAUUUUAAGUUAAUCUGACAAAAAACAAAAUCAAACAUGUCUGCUUUAGAUUCCAGCAGUACGGACAAAUCGCCUACACAAAAUGACGAUUCAUUAUUUGACGUUGACCUAAUUGAAGUUGACGAUUUGCUAAACAGUGCUUCAAGACUUCUUGAAGAAGUCUACAGCAUCCGACCAGCAAUUGAAACAUCCAUUACCAGUCCUCGGGAAGAUGCAAUGGAACAGGUUCAAAGAUUUCUAAGUUCAAUAAGAGAGCGUGACGAAGAAGAGGAGGACGUUGUCUUUGUCGAGGCUCGUCCUGGAAACGCACCUCCCGCAAGUGCCAGAACUACGGCCGUGGUCGAUCUCUGCACUCCAAACACAGCUGACGAGAGCACACCCGAGACACGCGGUACUCGGAGACGACGUACAACCGUAGACAUAGCACCGAUUGCAUUCCCUGACUUAACUACCUCGCCGAAUGGAUCAAAUACAGGUUCGAGGAGAACCAGACGACAAGCAAAGGCCGAACCGGUCGAUAAUUACCCGCAGGUCAUCGAAGUUUCUCGUCCAGCGACUACCGCUCGUAGUUCUGUUCCACCUCCGGUUUCUCCUGUUAGGGGUAGUACAAGAGCUCAAACUGCUGCCAAUAAUACAGUUAGCCCAAAUUCUAAUAAUGCUGGAUUGCCAGCAUUAACUUGCGCUGUUUGCAUGGAAAGUGUCUUAAAUCGACAGCCUGCAUCGACAUCGUGCGGACAUAUAUUUUGUCAGGGAUGCAUAAUGCAGGCCAUACGCCUCACAUCAAAAUGUCCGCUAUGCAACACAAAGCUUAAUAGGACUAAGGUGCACCGUGUGUACUUUUAAUUUAUAUUCCCACUUUACUUAUUCAUUAUUGUUGAACAAAUUUUUUUUUUAUUUUAUGUUUGUCUUUUUUUUU